AUGUCAACAAAUCUAACAUUUUCACCAGAUACAAGUGAUUACGAUGCCUAUGGUCUGAAGGUAGCCGCAAAUGAUUUACUGAUAGUCGAAGCACAAAAUAAAUACACUCAAUUUCUUAUACAAUUUGCACCUUACACCGAUAAUAUUGAACAAAUGAGUCAAUCGUCUUGUUCAGUUGAAUAUAGUGAUAGUUCACAUUAUAUCUACGCUGUUACCCUUGGUAAAAAUCAAACUUCAACUAGUAGUCAACGUUACUUUUUCUUUGUUGGCGAAAUGCUGGGUGUUACAGAAACUUCGUUAAUGAAUCGUACAUUUGUUGGCAUUCUCAAUUACACAGGUGUCUCUUCAAUGGGAGGUGGGGGUGGUCCUGGAGGAGGAAGCUCAUCAAUUAACUGUAACCAAGGCUUUACAUAUAGCAUACAGUAUGUGACAGGGUCAUACAUACAUCAAGAACAUUUAGUUGUAACAACCGAUCUCACUGGUUCAAUUGCCUACGGUUUCUCCGAUCUCUUUACCUUCACCUACACAGCACUCACUAACCGUUUGAUCGUUCAUGCCAACAAUUCAAUAUCUCCUUCGACGUCCUAUCUACCCUAUGCUGUUGACUUCGAUGGUACAUACGGUGUAAUUGCUGGAUUUAUCAAUAACGGACGAAAUUCGCGUAUCAAAUACAGUCCCACGGUUUAUCUAUUCAUUGUAAAUGCAACAACAGCCGUUGCUACCACACUGAGUUCGUGGACUUAUUCAACAAAUGGAACCUGGCAAAGUGGACAAUCGUUCUCUGGCGCUGAUCUGUAUACUGCUAAAUACGACAUUCCGAGUGGUUACUAUUCAUCAACAACAGGGUCCCUUGACCAAACUGUCCCCGCAUUUUCAACACAAAUGCCGUGUAUUGCCGGCACUUACAAAAAUGCUACAAACAUUCGUCCUUGCUCACUCUGUCCAUCUCUAACAAAGAACGAUGGAAAUUCAAGUACAGCUUGCACAACCUGUGCCAACAACACAUUUUGUCCUCUGGGUGCAACCUACGACAUUUCCUCAGACCUUCUUACUGGCUUCAUCCAAGCAGCGGCUUAUCCAAAAUCACCUGAAAAUACAAUCUUUGAUGAUAUUCUCAUACUAAACAUGUUUUCAAUUGGCUCUUCAUCUCACUGCAUUACUGUCUCACCAAUAUUCUGGGCUAUAAUCGUUGCGAUUAUUGCUUUCAUUGUGAUGCUAGUUAUGGUACUGUUAAAACACUAUAUCAGACAUCCCAGAGCACCCGAACGAUAUGAAAUGUUAACAACAAUCUUUAAACAAACAGAUUUGAUUGGGGAAGGUGAACUGUGGAUUGGCGGUCUUCUCUCCUUCUGCAUUCUCGUACUCGUUAUCUUUGCCUACAUAUUCAGUAGUAAAUACUACAAGCAAUAUCCACUUGAAACAGCUCAAGCAUCAACAUUUGCAUGUGACACCACGAUCCUUAAUGCAAAAUUUGAAACAAAAUUACAAUCACUGACUAUUCCGUUAUCAAGUGAACUACAGGAAAUGGCUGCGUUAUUGAAUGAACAAGAAUUUUAUUUAAAUGUAGCCUUUAUUAACACAGUUUUCACUUGUUCAGAUUCAGUUACACUAUUCUAUUUACUGGGCAAUAGUUGGACGACUCUCUCCUUUACUUCCUGCAAUUAUUCUUCAUACAUACUUUCACUGAGUGCUCUACUACCGUACAAAUCCAUUACAGUUCGAUUUAAUUUGCCUGGCAUUAACACUAUUGGUGGCUUACGUAUCGGCAUAAGUGGUUCAGGAGAAACAGAAAGUUAUUUAACAUUGAACGACUUAAAUUUCUCUGAGACAUUUAAUCAAACGGAAAAGAUGUUAGGACAAGAUGUCCAUGUUGCAGUUCAAUUAACAAAAGUAAUUAACGAAACAGUUCCAUUGGAAAUUGGUGAAGAAACAUUGAGUGGCCUUUGGGUUGCUUCAUUGACACUCAAUUAUUAUGAUUCAUUUGUCUCGGAAAGCGAUUAUCUCGAUUCAACACUGACGGAGACAAAUGUUACUUUGGUACUCAGUGAAACAGGUUACUAUAUAUUGAAUGAACAGCAACCAAUUGCAAAACAGACUGAAAUUAUAUUUCAUAAUUUACUUUUUACAAUUGUUGUUUUGGAACUAUUUGGUUUACUAUUUCUUCUAUUUAAAUUGUUGCUUCUCCCUUUAGCAUCGUUUCUUAUUACUCGAUGUCGUCCAACGAGAACAGAAAAAAAUGGCAAUCGAGUUGGUGAUAGUGGUGAUCUAGAAAAUUUACAUGAUCAUCAUCCAAAUAAUGGAAAAGGUUUAAUUGAAAUGAAAUGA